AUGGAUAAUAAUCGGCAGCUAAAUUACGGCGAUGUAUCCGGGCUCGUCUCUGUUGAGAACCCGAAGCUCGACUCGCCUCUAACGGUUUCCUUCUGGAGGGAUUUUUUACAAAAAUACCCUCCUGAUUUAUUGAAGAAGGUUAUGGCGGAGAUAAUCGCUACGUUUCUUCUGGUGUUCGUGACGUGUGGCUCUGCUGCUCUUAGCUCGACCGACGAACACAAAGUGUCUCGACUUGGAGCAUCGGUUGCCGGUGGCCUAAUCGUGACUGUGAUGAUCUACGCCGUGGGUCACAUAUCGGGUGCUCAUAUGAACCCGGCCGUCACUUUAGCCUUUGCCGCCGUUCGGCAUUUCCCCUGGAUUCAGGUACCGAUUUACGUAGCAGCACAGCUGACCGGCGGUAUUUCGGCCGGCUUCACGCUACGCGUUCUUUUGCACCCAAUAAAACACGUAGGCACCACGUCACCAACCGGGGCCGACAUACAAGCCCUCAUCAUGGAAAUAGUUGUCACGUUUUCUAUGAUGUUCAUUACCUCGGCAGUAGCCACCGAUACAAAAGCUAUAGGGGAGCUAGCGGGAAUAGCAGUUGGGUCUGCAGUUUGCAUCACUUCAAUCUUAGCUGGGCCCAUAUCAGGUGGAUCGAUGAACCCGGCAAGAAGCAUAGGCCCAGCAGUGGCCAGCAACUAUUACGACGGCAUUUGGGUCUACAUUGUGGGGCCCAUCUGCGGGACCCUGUUGGGAGCAUGGUCCUACAGUUUCAUACGGGUUUCGGACAAGCCUGCUGGCGCUCUAAAUACCCAUUCACUGUCUUUCAAACAUCGCCUCAUGAUGAGAGGCAAUCACGAGCAACACGGGUUGCCACGUGAUAAUCUUGACCGUCUGUGA